GAGAAAGGAAGACGGCACCUAGAGACCAAAAAAGGAAGACGAUACACACACAAACGACUCACGGCGACGGAGCGAGAAAUGAAGAACCGAGAGAACGAGAUUUAGGGUUACCUGCAACACCGGAGCACCGGAUCCACCAACGACAAGGCAGACGGCAGAGCCGCAGAGGUAGAGGAGCGAGCUUGGCGUAACCGUUUAGGGUUAGGGUGCACCGUUACAGUGAACAAGCGGAGCGAGAAAGGAAGAGGAUAGGACGGACCGAGAGAGGAAGAGGAAGAUUAGCGUCGGCCGUCGACCGGAGUUCUCCACCGGCGCCGGCCGCCAGCAAGCGCUAACCCUAAAUCUCCAAGCCGAGUCGCCCGUGACCGCGAGAGAGAGGAGAAAGGAGCAGAGCAGGCAGCAGAGUUCUGAAAUUUGGAGAAAUGAGCGACCGCGUGUCCGCGAGUCUUACAGACUCGUUUUUUAACGGGUCCAUGCCGUGCCAGCGCCUUAACCGGGCCGGGCCCGUGCCACCACCGCGUGCCAAGCCGCCUGCCAAGCACGAUACGCGCACCGGGCCAGGUUGGAACGGGCACGGCGGCCUGCGUGCCGGACCAGGUCUAGGCCGUGCUAAGGCGUGCUGGGCCAUGGGCUGUAUAUCGGGCCCGGCCCGGUUUGGACAUGUAUACUCAAAAGGACGGGGAAGACGAGGCCGCAACUCCGCGGGAGCAACAGCCAGCCAACCACCUCUCGUUGGAACCUGCGACUGCGAGUUCCACCUCCGCCCGCCCGCUCGCCCACGCUCACGCCCGGAAUAGGCAGUUGCAGCAGCCAGCCAGCCCCGCGCGCCCCGCCAUCGUGGGAGGAGGCCCAUGCCGCGGGGGCAGCAGGGGGAAGGGUAGAAUGGGCAACGUCACGUCGUCGGUGGCGGCGCGGCUGGCCUUCUUCCCGCCGGAGCCGGCCACGUACGGCGUCGAGCCCGCGGCCGAGAACGGCGCCCUGCUGCGGAUGACGGGGGUGUUGCCGGACGCGGGCGUCGAGGUGCGCGCGCUGCCCACCAGGGCCGGCACGCGCGUCGUCUCCGCCUUCUGGCGCCACCCCGCGGCGCGGCUCACGCUGCUCUACUCCCACGGCAACGCCGCCGACCUCGGCCAGAUGCUCGGCCUCUUCCUCGAGCUCCGCGCGCACCUCCGCGUCAACAUCAUGAGCUAUGAUUAUUCAGGCUACGGUGCUUCUACAGGAAAACCAUCAGAGUACAACACCUACAAUGACAUAGAGGCUGUUUAUGAUUGCUUGAGAACGGAGUAUGGGAUAGAAGAAGAGGAUCUAAUCCUGUAUGGGCAAUCCGUUGGAAGUGGACCAACGUUGCAUCUAGCCUCACGUCUCGAGAAGUUAAGAGGGGUUGUCCUCCACAGCGGCAUACUCUCUGGCAUACGGGUUCUGUAUCCAGUGAAAGUGACGCUUUGGUUCGACAUCUUCAAGAACAUCGACAAAAUAAAGCAGGUGGACUGCCCUGUGUUAGUCAUACAUGGCACAGCCGACGACAUCGUGGACUUGGCUCACGGCAAGCGGCUGUGGGAGCUAGCCAAGGACAAGUAUGAGCCGCUGUGGAUCAAAGGCGGUGGGCACUGCAACCUGGAGACGUACCCGGAGUACAUCAGGCACAUGCGCAAGUUCAUAAGCGCCAUGGAGAAGCUGGCCAAGGACAGCAGCAAGGCGGCCCAGGCGCCGCCGCCGUCGAGCAUGGCCGCCGAAGAAAGACACACCAAGUGCUUGAGAUUCGGGAAGAGAUGAGUCCAAGAAGCGAUAGCACAGGUCGUCAGUGAGCCGGCCAGGCGGAUGGAUGGAUGGAGGUUUCCUGUUGAGUUUCAUGGACUCUCUCUUUCUCUCUCUGCAGAUGCCGGCGACCUGGACCUGGGAAGGAAACGCGGUGCAGCAGCAACCCUAGUUCGUGUAUCAUCCGUGUGAGAUUGAGUUCAGACUUCAGAGUAGAGAGUAGACAGAGUGGAGUGACAGACAGACCUGUGGCUGCUGUAGUAUGCUGUACGUGCUGGAGUUCAGGACUAGAGAGAUGUCUUUGUUUUCCUAGGGGCGCCACGGAUUAGCCUGUUCGCAGCUGAAUUUUUUCUUGUUUUUUUUUUCUGUUUUCGCUAUCUGUAUUGUAGUCACUGUGCAAAAAAAAUCGUUUUGAUUGAUUGGCUGCAAAAAGUGAAGUGCGCUAUUGCGCUGUGA